AUGGAAGGGUCGCCGCCAGAGCCGCAGAAACCAUUGGCAUCGUCUCCCGGAUCGGUGUCUAACCUCGACAGCUUCUUCAAGCGCCUCGGCCAGGGGCAGAGCUCGCGCUUGUGGGCAGGUCCUGGGCGAUCCGGCGCGGUGCCCGGCUCUCUCCGAACAUCGCGACUGCAACCGCGCAACAACAGCGGAGAUAUUUCACGUCCAGCGGCGGCGGCGACGGCGGCAGCGGUGGCAGACGAAGACUCACAAAGAAGAGGGGUGAAUGGCGGUGGUGCUGGUGCUGGUGCUGGUGCUGGUGCUGGAAACGCGGAGAAUGACCGCGGGCGUCGAAUCGGGACGGCGGAAGACCUCUCGCCGUUCGGAACCCGCCAGGGCUGGAGCGAGCUAACCGGAAGCGGCGGAGGGGGCACUGGGGGCGUGAACCGACCCGGCGGCGGUGGGUCUGCGGGAGGAACACCGUUUGGGUCCGGCUCCGGCGCCCGCAGCAGCAUCAACAGCAGCGGUUCGCCCUUUGGAAGCCCCCAAGCCGACCCUAUCUCGGCGCCGCCGUCGCCGUCGCCAGCCCCCCCCCGGCCCCCGAACGCAACCACAGGUUCACCGCAAACCCUAUCGGCAGCAACUGCAAUUGGAGCGGGAUCAGCGUCAACAAAACAGCAAUCCAAGCCGUCACCACCACCACUACCACCGACGCCUGCCGCCGCAACCGGCGGGGUUCCUGCGGCAGCGCAGGCACCAGCCGCCGCCGCCCCGGCGCUAGCCACCCGUCCGAGUUACAGAGAUAAACGGUUCGAAGACGUCCUCGGCGAGGAGGUCGUCGAGCUCGACGAGCUUCGAAAGCUGAGCUGGAACGGGGUGCCGCCGGUCCACCGGGCAGCGGUUUGGCAGCUGCUGGUGGGGUACAUGCCGGCGAACCGGGCGCGGCGCGAGGCCGCGCUGGAGCGCAAGCGCCGGGAGUACUGGGAGGCGGUGCCGCAGUACUUCGACGUGCCCGACGCCGCGCGAAGCCUCCAGGAGCAGAACAUCCUGCGGCAGAUUUUGGUGGACGUGCCGCGAACCUGCCCGGACGUGCCGUUUUUUCACCAGGACAAGGUGCAACGUGCGAUGGAGCGGAUACUGUACAUAUGGGCGAUCCGACAUCCCGCUAGCGGCUACGUGCAAGGAAUCAAUGAUCUCCUUACCCCCCUUUACGUCGUGUUUCUCUCUGCACACGUUGGCCCGUCCGUUGAGUCCAAGGACGUUAGCAAGGUGGACGAGGCGCUGCUGGACGAGGUGGAGGCCGACGUCUACUGGUGCCUUACCAAGCUCCUCGACAACAUACAGAGUUUGACGGGUUUAGUCUUCGUCCGCCGGCCUCCCGGCCUACCUGAUUUCUAUCCUGGCUUUAUGUUCCUCUGCCGAUCUCUCUUGCUUUGCACCGCUGUCGGCGUUGGGUGUGGUGGAAACCGGGAACGUUCUCAGGACCACUACACGGCGAUGCAGCCUGGGCUGCAGCGCAUGGUGCUUCGACUAGAGGAGCUCGUGCAAAGGAUCGACGCCGAUCUCCACCGGCACAUAACCGACGAGGGCUUAAUGUACAUCCAGUUCGCGUUCCGCUGGAUGAACUGUCUGCUGAUGCGGGAGCUUCCGCAGCGGGCGGUGGUGCGGGCGUGGGACACCUACCUGUCGGAGGAAAACGGCUUCGAGUCGUUCCACGUCUACGUGUCGGCGGCCUUGCUGUGCCACUUUUCGGGCACCCUCCGGGAGAUGGAUUUCCAGACUAUGGUGAUGUUCUUGCAGGACAUGCCGACCAAGGAGUGGGGGGAAGAAGAGGUGGAGCCGCUGCUCUCCCAGGCGUACAUCCUCAGCACGCUCUUCGAGGGGUCGCCCAACCAUCUCGGCGCAGCCUCGUAACCCGCCGC